GCUACAUAUGCUAACGGUAUUUAAACCUGAACUCUGUCGCCGGCCAUGACACACAGCGCGUCGCCAACGACGUCCUCAUGAAGACGGACAACGGAGUCCCACCACCUGCUCCAUCCGCGGGGAGGAAGCAGAGCCUGAUCGAGGAUGCUCGGCGCGAGAGAGGCAGCGGCUCCACGGGCUCCCCGGGACCUUCCAAGUUCGGAGACGGCCCCGUGUUCGAAGAGAAGGAAGGGAGAGUGACUUUGAACGUCCUGUUUGCGCUGGGCAACGAGAAAAACGGGGGAUUCUUCAAAACAGGAAAGAUAUUCGAGACAUUUGAAGCCAAACUUAUUCACAUUGAAAGCAGGCACAAGUACAAGAAUAGCCCGUGUGAACUGGAGUUUUACAUGAAGUGUGAAGUCAACAGCUCAGACCUGGAUGUGUUUAUCAAUUCACUGAAGCGAGUGGUGGAUGACGUGAGCUGCGUGCACGAAGAAAAAAUUCCCUGGUUUCCUCGACACAUAAAGGAUCUGAACAAAUGCAACCUGCUGAUAACCAAAUUUAAUCCAGACAUGGAUGAGCUUCAUCCUGGUUACAGUGAUCCAGAAUACAGGAAGCGACGGGCUUUCAUCUCAGAACUGGCCUUUAAAUACAAUCACGGCGAUCCACUACCAAUUGUGCAUUACACGGCCGAGGAAAUAGCCACCUGGAGAGAGGUGUACCAAAAUCUCCGCAGCAUCUAUCCCCUCCUCGCUUGUCGGCAGUUUCUGGAUGGACUGCAGCAGCUGGAGAGAGAGUGUGGGUACGGGGAGGACCGCAUCCCUCAGCUCCGAGAUGUUUCUGCCUUCCUCAAAGAGAAAACUGGCUUCCAGCUCCGUCCAGUAGCCGGCCUGCUGUCAGCCAGAGACUUCCUCGCCAGUUUGGCCUUCAGGGUGUUCCAGUGCACACAGUACAUCCGUCACUCCUCUGCACCCAUGCACUCUCCUGAACCGGACUGCUGUCACGAGCUGAUUGGUCACAUCCCCAUGUUGGCAGACAAAGAGUUUGCUCAGUUCUCUCAGGAGAUUGGACUCGCCUCUCUUGGAGCUUCCAAUGAAGAUAUAGAGAAACUGUCUACAUUAUACUGGUUCACAGUGGAGUUUGGCCUCUGCAGACAAAACGGUGUGGUGAAAGCUUACGGUGCCGGGCUCCUCUCGUCUUAUGGAGAACUUGUUUAUGCUCUAUCCAACGAACCAGAGUACAAACCCUUCAAUCCUGAAGAGACAGCAGUCCAGCCGUACCAGGACCAAACCUUCCAACCGCUUUACUUUGUGUCUGAAAGCUUUGAAGAUGCAAAGCUGAAGUUGAGGAGGUAUUCCGCAACCAUCAGACGCCCGUUUGCUGUGCGCUAUGACCCCUUCACCUGCAGCAUUGAGGUCCUCGAUCAGCCCUGUAAGAUCCAGAGUGCUCUGAGCCAAACAAGGGAGGACCUGAAGACCCUGCAGUGCGCUCUGGAGAAGAUAAGCUCCUCCUAGAAUAUUAUUUCACACCAGAAAAACCACCAAGGAUAAUAAACCACAGCAGAAGACAGGUUCGAUGGGUUCG